CACAUGACACGCGUCAAGCCAACAUGGCGACGGCGAUUAACAAAGCGGCUUUGUAGGCGCCACAUUCAAUCCUUUGGCAUCCUUAUAAAAUUAUUGAUACAAAAGUGUAUUCAUGGUGCGGUGUACUACCGAGAGGCUGAAAUGAUAGACGUGUAAAAGUGAGUUUGUCGGCUUGAAAAGGCUUUGAACAAAAACUUGCGACCCUGUUAUGGAAGAGACGAUACAGCCCAUAAAAGAAACAUUUUUAAGAGUGCGAGCAAACAGGCAAACGCGGUUGAAUGUCGAUGACCUCUGCUGGUGCAGGCGCUACGCCAAGGAAAGUGUCAAAAAUGCUCCCCUUGGACUGCACAAUGGAGCCCCCCUUGCCCCCUGCUGCAUUGGCCACGCCCGGAUUGGGAAGAUGAAACGCCGGAAGCCAGAGGAUGGGCAGGUAUGUCCACUGUGCAGCGCGCCGCUGGCAGGGACUGAGGAGGAGAUGAGUAGGCAUGUGGAACAAUGUCUGUUCAAGAGGGAGGGUGCGUUUGCUGAGGAUGACUCUGCAGACAUUGACGGAGAGAACGGGACCCGCUUCGAGGAGUACGAGUGGUGCGGCCAGAAGAGGGUCAGAGCUACCACCCUGCUGGAAGGAGGCUUCAGAGGAACAGGCUUUGCCAUGUGUAGCACGAAGGAGAGCCACGACAGCGACGCCGACCUGGACGUGGAUGGAGACGACACGCUAGAGUACGGCAAGGCCCAGUACACAGAGGCAGACAUCAUUCCCUGCUCCGGAGAGGACCAAGGAGAAGCCAAAGAACGGGAGGCCCUGCGCGGGGCGGUGUUGAAUGGUGGAAUGCCGUCCAACAGAAUAGCAGCAGAGUUCUCCAAAUGGGCCAGUGAUGAGAUGCCCUCCACGAGCAAUGGCGAGAGCAGCAAGCAGCAGCUGCCUCAGGACCCCAACGCCGCCUGCUCAACCUCCAACGCGCCCCGGACCUGUAAAAACAGCGAAAUAGAGAAGAUCACAGAGGGCUCGAAAGCCACCACGUUUGAAGCACUAAAGGCUCGUAUCCGGGAACUGGAGAAACAGAUCCUUCGAGGGGACAGAUAUAAGUGUCUCAUCUGCAUGGACUCGUACACGAUGCCCCUCACCUCCAUCCAGUGCUGGCACGUCCACUGUGAGGAAUGCUGGCUCAGGACUCUGGGAAAUAAGAAACUGUGCCCACAAUGCAACACCAUCACAUCGCCAGGAGAUCUAAGGCGCGUCUACUUGUGAAGAAGACUACGCCUGCCCUGACCGGCCUCCCCCUCCAACCCCCCCCCCCCUCCGUGUUUUCCUCUUUUUAUUUCCAUUUGUUCUCACCGUUUGUGUUUUGGGGUUUGUGAAGCCCCCCCUCAUAGCUUAAAGAGACAAGACUGAUGUCUUGAUUGACUCUUCCGAUCAGGGGAGGACUGACUGAUUGAUCAACCAACCCGGUUGGGAACAGAACCGAACCCAGUUGCCCAUUAUGUCUGAGUGUUCUCAGAAUGACAAAUAAACCAACCACCCCUCUCUGGCUCCUCCACCCACCUGCCUGCCCUCUAGUGGUGAGUGGUCCACUCCACAGUCAAAUCCCCUCCACCCUGGCUCACACUUCUGGUUCUGUGUGUUUUCAUCCUUUAGCUCUCAGGCAACCCAGCUUUAUACUGUUGUGUUACUCAUGGAGCCCUCCUCACUUGCUUGCCUCACCAUCGUCUUACCAUGCUGAAAGGUGUGUUCAGGUGGGAGGAGGUGGUGCUGUAACUCCCCCCCAUCACUGCUCGCUGUGUGUAGAAAGCCCAUCUUGGUUCAAGCCAUUAGGACAGCCAUGCUAGAUAUUGAGCUGGCCGCCAGUCGCCGCACCCUGCUUGAAGGCCUGGUAAGGGGGAAAGGAAAACGAUAAACUCUGAGCUUUCUACCAAACUGACAACCUCAGAACAUCCAGAGGAUCCUCUUCUUUUCAGACUCUUUUUUCCCUUCUUCUUUUGUGGUGUUAAAUCGUGAAGUCAACCAAAUCCCAAGAAUCAGUGCAAGCACAUGUAUAAUAGUGUAUGUUAGUUUACAGUGUUGUGUGUAAAUGACAUAGAGCUUACACUUGUAUACAUAUGUGCACACAUGCUUACACACAUUCACACAUAUGCGCGCGCGCACACACACACAAACUCACAAAAGUAUAUAUUAAUAAAGUCCAGUUUUUAGUUAGAGUUUUGAGGAAGGGUAGGGAGUGAUGUUUAAUCAAUGUGAAAAAGAAAGCCCUCUGUAUUUUUCAACCGAUGUUGUCGUCUUGAGGUUGAAGUUGUAUUUCAUUGUACAGGAAUAGAUUUAAGUCACAAUAAUAAUAAUAAACUACUCAACUAGAAAUUCAAGGUUUAGAUGGUGUACAUUUUUUUCUUCAACUAUACAGUAAAAGCUGUCAAAGUUUUAAACMUAAAGCAAGGAGUAUAUGUUUUUUGAUUUUAUAUUUUAAUGGAAAGGUUCACAUCGCUCUAACCCUAGACGAGGGGAAAUUAUGACUUUAAAUUGUUACGUAACUGCAACGCCGGUCAAAUGAACAGCUGUUUUCUAUAUCACAACCGGGAUCACAGUUGAGUUAACCUCCACCUCCGCUGCUUGUCCUCAGUUGACCAGCGUACCUGUUGAUUAUAUCACAUUACUGAUCACUUAGGUUUUCUGUUUUGGCCUCCACUCUGAUAAAGCCUCAUAAGAUGCGUCUCCAGAAAUGUUUUUGAGUGUUGCUUCCAUUGUGUGACCCAGCCAGGCUUCCAACCUGGCAACUCGUCAAGGCAGGUCCUUCCCAACUGUGAGGGAAGGCGCAGUGGGCCGACAUGUUGUCCCAGCCCACAAUGACUGCCCAAGCCCAGUUACUGAACACUUCUCCACAGCAAGGUGAUGUGCUUUGUAGUUGUAAAACAAUGUAUCCUGUGAUGUCUGUAUUAAUGUAAACUGACAAAAAAGAAAGAAGAAUUGAAAGGUUUCUGACUGAAUUCAUACCCCCAACAGAAAGCCAACAGAUAUAUUACAGGGUUCAAUUCCCUGUCACUGGGAUGGAUUUCCAUCAUAGAUUCUUUUUUUCUUUAUUUUUUCUCCAAUAAUGAAAAGGACUGGAAUUGGUCAAAUUCUGAAAUUAUCCUCUUUUCCUAAAUGCAUGAUGGUCAUGACUUUUUUACAUGAAAGGGGAGGUUAAUUGGCCCCAGAAAGUCGAUCUGAGAUCGACUGAAGUUUCAGUCAUGGGAUUAUUUUGUUGCUUUAACCCCUGUAUAUUAACGCAUGUACAGAACAGAAAUGUUACAUUUUCAGUGAAGGGGAACAAUAGAUGAUGGCUUUAAUCACAUGCAAAGCGUUGGAUAUUUAUUUCAGUCCAGACCUUCUGGUUUCCAUUCACAUCCAUUUUCUUCACGGACUAGCGUUUUCAGAACUGUCUCCAGUUUAGUGUUUAUUGCGGGGGGGKUUUUUUAGGUCUAAGAUUGUCUUUGAUCAUCUCCCUACAUUGUGGAUUUAGAUGCUAUUUUACAAGGAUUAUUUGAGUCAUAGGGAUGGCUGCAAUGUAGACAUACAGCAGAUUUGUUUUCAUAAAAGCAGUAUACAACAUCUUUAAAGUAUUAUUGUUCCUGUAAAAGGAAUGUUCUGGAGCAACCUGUUAGAAGGGAUGAUCACAGGCUCGUAGAACUUCAAAGGAUCUGUAGAACAAUUCUACAUUGUUACACAGAUUUUUUCCCCCCCAAUACCUCUGUUCAUUCAUACAGUACGUGUGUGUGUAUAGGUUUGUGUUCUAGUUUCACUUUGUAGUCACGUGUACAGGUAACCAUGCAUAGGCAAAUGAACACUUAGAGCUGUGCAACAGUAUGUGUGGGGCACCUUUGAACCCGUAAUAGGAUGUUUGAGCUUACUGCACUUGUGUGUCAAGACAAGUUGUGUGAAUCUGCUUCACAACACUGUUAAGGGUUAAGGUCUUCUCUCACUUUGUGGUUCCUUCAACUGGAGAUUUAUUUCAACCUGCCCCAAAGAUGACAAAUUGCACAAGAUGAUUGUGUCAAAUAAUUUGUGUCUUGUAUAUUCUUGAAAAUGGUACGUGUCUUUCCCGUUUGUAAACUACAUUUGACAUUAAUUAAAUGAUUGUAAAUCAGAA